UCAGCAGCUUCAAGUUCAGGAAAUGAUCAAAUUACUUUGUCAAUCAGGAAAUGGCAUCAUGGUAGAAACAAACGUUUAUUUUGUUUAUUUUUCAGUUUGUGAACAGCAGAUAUUUUCCAAUCACUGUUUUAUUCCAAGUCCCUGAUUGGAAUAGGGAGAGAGGAUUCCCAGAAUGUUGCUGAUCCUUCUCUCCAUCUCCCUGUGUUUUUCCCGGGUCUCUCCCAAAACUAACUCACGAACUUUGAAAUAUACAAUUGUCUCAGGAGAACAAGAUUUCCCUGAAGUCACUGUUGUUGCGAUGGUCAACGGAAUACAAACAGGUUACUUUGACAGUGAUACCCAUCGCUGUGUCCCCAGGCAGCAGUUCCUGACUGAAUCACUCGGUGUGAAAUUCUGGGACGAUGCUACAGAUCAGGCAACCACACACACCGGGCUGGCAAAGGAGAAUCUGAAAUCGAUCAUGAAAAGGACAAACCAGACUUCAGGAAUUCACACUCUCCAAUGGAUACAUUCUGUUGAGGUCAGUGAAGAUGGCUCUGUGAAGAGAUCAAUGAGAUUUGGAUUUGAUGGAAAGGACCACAUUAGUUUAGAGCCAGACAGAAUGAGAUGGGUUGCCGCAAAUCACUUUGCAGUGAUCAAUAAAGAGAAAUGGAAUUCGGAUCAAUCCUGGAACUACUAUUGGGAAUCAUAUCUGCAAAAAACAUCUGUUGAACAUUUAAACAGAUAUCUGGAAGUUGGAAAGGAAUAUUUCACAAGGAAAGUUCAGCCUGAAGUGUUCAUCUCCAGGAGGGAGCCCAAUCGCCAGGACAAGCCGCUCACUCUCUCCUGCCUGGUCACUGGGUUUGAUCCUGUAGACAUCGAGGUGACCUGGCUAAGGAAUGGAGAGGUCAUGUCUGAGACCCAAUCCUCAGGGGUUCGACCGAACCACGAUGGGACCUAUCAGAUCCAGAAAGAGAUUGAGAUCAAUGCUGGGGAUGAGGAUCAAUACUCCUGUCAAAUUGAACACAGCACCCUGGCAGAAGCCAAGCUUUAUCAGUGGGAAAUCCCAGAAAACAGUGUGGUACGUUCCCAUUUGAUACUUUUGAUUGGAUUAAUCGCUGCAAUGGCUACAAUAUUCGGAAUAAUCAUCUGGAAAAGGCCCUGGAGAGGGACUAAUGUAAUCACUGUGAUUUACACAGUUGUUUCUGGAAUUAAGGAUUUUCCUGAGGUUACAAACAGUGCAACAGUCAAUGGAGUUAUCAUAGCUUCUCGUGACAGUAAAACCCAACAGUGCAUCCCCAGGCAGCAGUUCAUGGCAGAAUCCUUCAAUGUGAAUUUCUGGGAUUAUCUCACAGACCGGGUAAAAAUACGUUCAAACAUAGCAAAGGAAACAAUGAGUGCAGUAAUGAAGAGGACAAACCAGACAUCUGGAAUUCACACUUUUCAACAGAUAACUACUGUUGAGGUCAGUGAUGACGGCAGCAUUAAGAAAUCAAUGAGAUUUGGAUUUGAUGGAAAGGAUUUUAUCAGUUUAGAACCAGACACAAUGAGAUGGAUCGCAUCCAAUCCCAUUGCAGUGAUGACUAAAGAGAAAUGGGAGUCUGAUGAAUCCUGGAACAAUUACUGGAAAAGACACCUGGAAGAACUCGUUGUUGAAUAUUUAAACAGAUAUCUGGAAGCUGGAAAGGAUUAUUUCAAAAGGAAAAUUCAGCCUGAAGUGUUCAUCUCCAGGAGGGAGCCCAAUGAUCAGGACAAGCCGCUCACUCUCUCCUGCCUGGUCACUGGGUUUUAUCCUGUAGACAUCGAGGUGACCUGGCUAAGGAAUGGAGAGGUCAUGUCUGAGACCCAAUCCUCGGGGGUUCGACCGAACCACGAUGGGACCCAUCAGAUCCAGAAAGAGAUUGAGAUCAAUGCUGGGGAUGAGGAUCAAUACUCCUGUCAAAUUGAACACAGCAGCCUGGCAGAGGGCAAGCUCUACCAGUGGGAAAAUCCGAAAAACAAUUGGCUGCAUUCCCAUCUUGCAAGUCUCAUUGCAUCAAUGGUCAUUCUGUUGGUUGUUAUUGUCGGGAUAGUCGGUAUAAUCAUCUGGAAAAGAUCACAGAGAGGUUCACCAAAUGGGACCUACACAACUGCUCCCACUUCUGAAGUCUCUGAUGCAGCUUCUUCAUGAUUCAGUUGAACAGCGGAUCCCAGGUUUGGAUCCUGAUUCUUCAAGUGAGAUCUUCUAAAGUCAUGUUCCAAUCCCGUCUCAAUGUGAGCAGUGUCACCAUCAGAGGGAUCCUCACGAUGGUUCCUCCCUCACAGUUUCUCAUCUUCACUGUCUUCAGUGGGUCACUGAUUGAGCUGAAAUAAGGCAACGUCCUGAAGGAACUCAAGAGACAGUUUUUAUAUUGAAAGAAAUUGAUUUUGCAUCUGACGUUAACAAAUUUCAAAUGUUAUGCAAAUCUCUGUACAUAGAAUAUGUAAAACUGAUAUUUAAGUCUUAAAUAAAUAUAUAAAUAUUAUAAAUCUGAGUUAUUAGUGGUAGGUUUUAGUAUUCAACACUUA